AUGGCAGUCCAUGUCGUCCAAUAGGAGGAAAGCUAAUGUGAGCGAGGGCUGGGCCUGGAAGCCUGGGGCAUUCAGUCAUUCUUCCUCUCGCAAAAAAAAAGCAGUAACAUUGUCUUACAACUGUUGCCAGGGUUACAGAAAUGUAGGCUUUGUGCUUUUUUUGGUUUUGAACGCCUCAUUCCAUGCAAAACAGAAGACAGGAGCUGGCCUGAUUUUGAGUUUCAGUGUUUGAGCGCAGCUCUUGUUAUUUGAGAUUUCAUUAAGCAGUCUAGGUUCCUUUCCCGGCAUUACAGCCAUUGUGGUUGCCAGAUGUUGUGCACACGUGCAUGUGUGUGCGUGAGUAUGGAAAACACGGAGCCUGCUCCUUCCUGCUCCAGCUCCUUUUCCUUCAGCCUCUUCAGUGACGCAGGAAAUGAGCAUUGAGCGCUCACUCGCUUCCUCCAUGGCCGUUAAGACUGUGGAGCUCUUUUUUUGUCAAAAGCCUUAGCUAGUCUUUAUUUCUGGAUUUUUUUUCAUGACAUCAUCGCCAUUGUGGAAUACUGGGAUAAUUCCUUUGAGAGUAUAUUCUUGCCUGACUUUUUUUUUGGACCCUCUACUGGAAAAAUCCAAGCUCAGAUUGCAGCUGCUAUGCCACUGUUCUCCAUCUCCUAUCUUCAGGACUCAGCUUCGUUGUCUUUUAGUUCUUCUGCGUACUUUUAGAAGAGAUUUUCUUUUAUUGUUCUGCCUGUCAGCAUGAGGAAACUGACCCAUCCAACAUUUGUCAGCUUUUAUCUUAGGGAAACUUCAGUUCCCUUUUGAGUUGUUGUUCUUGUUGGGGUUUCUCGCGUGGACUUUUUGAGGCACACUGAGACUAUGGGUUGCGUCUUUAGCUUACCUGAGGAACGACUGGCUGCCGCUAACAGGCCAGCGGCUGCCAGGGAAACCAGUUUCAUUGAAAAAAUGAAGAAAACAGGCAAGAACAUAGUGGUGUUUUACGGCUCACAAACUGGCACUGCUGAAGAAUUUGCCAACAGGCUCUCUAAAGAUGCCCACCGUUACGGCAUGAAGGGCAUGGCAGCAGAUCCAGAGGAAUAUGAUAUGAAUGAGCUUUCUCGUUUAAAAGAAAUCGACAACUCUUUGGCUAUUUUUUGCAUGGCCACAUACGGAGAAGGAGACCCUACCGAUAAUGCCCAGGACUUCUAUGACUUACUACAAGAGGGAGAUCUUGACCUGGACGGAGUUAAUUUCGCGGUGUUUGCACUUGGCAAUAAAACAUAUGAGCAUUACAACGCCAUGGGCAAGUAUGUGGACAAGAGGUUAUCCGAACUCGGUGCCAAGAGGAUCUUUGACCUUGGCAUGGGAGACGACGAUGGCAACCUUGAGGAGGACUUUGUGUCAUGGAGAGAACAGUUCUGGCCAGCUGUGUGUGAACACUUCGGAGUCGAGCCCACUGGCGAAGAGUCCAGCAUCCGCCAGUAUGAGCUGAAGGUCCACGAGGACUUGAACAUGAAUAAGGUCUAUACCGGUGAACUGGGACGCUUGAAGAGCUUUGAGAACCAGAAACCGCCAUUUGAUGCUAAGAAUCCAUUCCUCGCUCCCGUCACUGUUAACCGCAAACUCAACAAAGGAGGUGACCGACACUUGAUGCACUUGGAGCUGGACAUCACCGGGUCUAAGAUCAGGUAUGAGUCAGGAGACCACGUGGCUGUAUAUCCCACCAAUGACUCCAGCAUUGUGAACAGACUGGGAGAAGUCCUCGGAGUAGACCUUGAUAUUAUUAUCUCACUGAACAACCUUGACGAGGAGUCCAAUAAGAAACACCCAUUCCCAUGCCCCACCACAUACCGUACAGCUUUAACACAUUACCUGGACAUCACCAACCCACCACGCACCAACGUUCUCUAUGAGCUGGCCCAGUACGCCUCCGACCCCAAAGACCAGGAGAACAUGCGCAAGAUGGCGUCCUCUUCACCUGAGGGCAAGGCACUGUACCAGAGCUGGGUUUUGGAUGCAUGUCGGAAUAUUUUGGCCAUCCUGGAAGACCUGCCAUCCCUGCAGCCACCUAUUGACCACCUGUGUGAGCUCCUCCCCCGUCUGCAGGCUCGCUACUACUCCAUUGCAUCUUCAUCCAAGGUUCACCCCAACAGCAUCCACAUCUGCGCUGUAGUGGUAGAGUACAAGACUAAGACAAACCGCAUCAACAAGGGUGUCGCUACCAACUGGCUUAAAGCCAAACAGCCUACUGACAACGGACACAAAGCCACCGUGCCAAUGUACAUCCGCAAGUCCCAAUUCCGGCUGCCAUUCAAGGCCAGCAACCCAGUCAUCAUGAUUGGUCCCGGCACAGGCAUUGCACCAUUCAUGGGCUUCAUUCAGGAGCGUGCCUGGCUUAAAGAGCAAGGUAAGGAUGUGGGUGAGACAGUUUUGUACUUCGGCUGCCGUCAUAAAGCCGAAGACUUCUUGUACCAGGAGGAGCUGGAAGUGUUUGAGAAGGCGAAAGCACUGACGCGGCUCAAUGUGGCCUUCUCAAGGGACCAGGAGCACAAGAUAUAUGUGCAGCACCUCCUAAAAAAGAACAAGGAAGAUGUCUGGAGGCAGAUACAUGCGGAAAAUGCUCACAUUUACAUCUGCGGAGAUGCACGUAACAUGGCGAGGGACGUACAGACCAUCUUCUACGAGAUAGCCGAGGAACUCGGCGGCAUGACGCGCACCCAGGCUACAGAUUACAUCAAGAAACUGAUGACCAAGGGACGCUACUCGCAGGACGUCUGGAGUUAAAAAAACAAAUCUCUCCCUGACCUCUUCACAUGCCCUUUGAAUUCGUAGUGUUUUGCAGGACUGCUUUCAACCGAAUUUUCUUGAACUUGGUAAAGGAAACACAGGCACACAGACAUUUAACCCUCCGAAUGAAGUUCCUAGCAGGUGCUCACCUUUUGACUCUACAGAUUUACUCAGUGUACAUAGGUUUUAAUUUCAUACUGUGUGUUGUAAAACUCAGAUAUUCAGUUGUCACUCAUGUAAUAGGCUUUCUGUAACGUAAGCAAUGCAGUACACAUACUAUGUUCUUAUUUUAUUGUAGUGUUAAAGGAGAGCUACUGACGGUAGUCUUCAAUCUUAUGCAUAGACUUUGUUUGAAAUCAAGAAAUUACUAAUUGGCAGUAGAAACUAACUUAAGUGGCCUGUUAUCGCCCUUAAUCAUCAGAUUAAAGCAUCAGACUGCUUUAAUAACUGUAGAAGUAGUAGUGAUGAUGAUGAUGAAGGCCCAGUUAGUUAAAUCUAUGCAACUUGUACUGUAGCCUACAUGCAGACAAAUGUUAUGCUUUACAUAGUCAACUGUAUAAGAAUUAAUACAGGCCAUCAGAUAAUGUAGAAUACUCUUUAGUUUUUAUUAAUAAAAUCACUUAUUUUGGAUUUAUUUUUCUGUUAGUUUUUCUAACACAUAGGUAAACCAUGUCGGAGAAUGUGAUUUUUAAGUUCUGUUAUCCUUAUUUUACAUUAUAUUUCAACUUUGAUCUGAAUGUUUUUUACCUGCCUCGAUUUUUCCUCUUUUUUCUUCUUUUCAAUUUCGAUCAUGUGGCAUUACACCGUGAAAAUGUGUAUCAUGUCCGUUGUGUGUGAAUGAGAACGUGUACGGUUAUACGUAGGACCUUUCCAGAUAGAGUUUUAAUAUAAUCAAUGAAAAAAAAGCUUUCCCCUUAUUGCUUGAGAAGUUGUCAGAGCUUUUCUUAACCUGAUUUGUAAACAUCCACUAAAGGGACUGUCUGUGUUUGUUUACUAGUCAAUAUGUGCCUUAUGGAAAGCAUUGCCUUGUCAUUAUAAAUGAAAUUUGUGAAAUUUUGCAGCUCGACAUUGCUUAUGAUGGAUGCAUUAUUUUGGAAGAGAAUAUGUUGAUGUAAAUGCGUACAAGUUGCUGUUACUUAUUUUUGUCAGCAUCAUACAGUUUUAUAUGCAAUUAAUGUUUCCUAUAGUACUGCUAUCUAAGCAUGUCUUUUUAGUUUAAUAAAAUUGAGAUUUAAUUUCA